AAGCUCUCUCUGUGUUUCGCACGUUGUUGUCGUUACGUUUUGAGGUUAUGUUAGUUUUCUAUCAGUGUUGUAACUUGUAAGUGAUAACUUAUUUUAUGAAAUUAAUAAUUAAUCAAAAUGAGUGACUUUGUACUCAAUGACAGUGAAACAGAAGUUGAUUCCGAUGAAGAGCUUCAAGAGGCUUUCGCCAAAGGUCUCCUUAAACCAGGUCUUAAUGAGGAAAUUGAGAGGGUCGAGAAGAAAUAUGUGAACAAUGUAGCUGAUUUAAAGGCGAAAUUAAAAGAGUUUGAAUUAAAAUUACCAUGGAUUGAAACAUUGGAUUUGGUGACGACUGUGGCUCCCAUGGCACCUGAUGUAGCUUUACAAAUGCAACAGACAGCACUAAGGAGAAAAAAUAUUACAGAAAAUACUAAGGGCAAAGUAGAAUAUGAUCCAACUCAAGAUCCUGUCUUGAAUGAGUUUAAGAGAGAGAAUCUUAUCCAUCGUCAAGCACAAGCUGCUGUUGUUGAUGGAAUCAAACGUCUUAAGGAACUAAAUAUACCCACAAAGAGGCCUGACGAUUACUUUGCUGAAAUGGCAAAAUCAGAUGAACACAUGCAGAAAGUACGUAAGAAUUUAAUGGCGAAGCAGGCGGCACAGGCUCGUACGGAAAAAGUACGACAGUUAAGAGAUCAGAAGAAAAUAGCUAAGAGAGUUCAGAUUGACACAAAACUGAAACAAGCAGCUGAUAAGAAACAGAUGCUGGAGCAACUCAAGAGAGUGAGGAAAGGAAAAUCGACUGAUUUAGACUUUUUAGAAGACAAUAAAGGAAACAAUUCAAAUAAAGGCAAUCCUAAAAAUAAAGUUAACAAAAAGCGAGCAAUGAAAGAUAAAAAGUUUGGGUUUGGAGGUAAAAAGAAGGGAUCUAAGCUGAAUACUAGAGAAUCUACUCAUCAAAUAGAUGGAUUUAAUAGUUCAGCUAAGAAGAAACCCUUCAAUUUUAAAACUAAGAACUUUAAACCGAACAACAAAAAGAAGAAUCAGAGGCCAGGAAAAUCAAAGAGAAAGAAUGCUAAAAGAUAGUCUUAGCAUGUUAAUAUAAAUAAAUAUAAUUUUACUUCA